AUGGCAAAGAAUGAUGGUUUCCAGUGCGCGGGUGUCUUUACUGAAGAUCAACUUUAUGUUGGCAUUGAAAUGUUUUGUCAGCUUUUCCAAAAUACCAUUGGUAUACCAUCCUCAAAAGGGUUCCAUUCCGUUUUCUUUGGCGGUAUUUUGGGGUCGCUUUACUGUUUACUUCAAUUUUUAUCCUCACCUUUACUCGGUGCCUUAUCGGAUGUUUACGGACGGAAACCUAUUCUACUAUUUUCCGUUGCAGGAACAUUGCUUUCUUAUGUAAUAUGGGCCAGUACAACCAAUUUUACUUGCUUCGUAUUAUCGAGGAUAGUUGGCGGUUUGAGCAAAGCUAGCGUUUCAAUAUGCAUUGCGGUUAUGGCUGAUGUUUAUUCGCAGAAAAAAAUUGGCCAAGGCAUGGCUAUUAUUGGUGCAGCAUUUUCGGUAGGUUUUCUAGUUGGUCCUAUUGUUGGAGUAUAUUUCUCACAUAUUAGUGGGACGGAUACUGAAUUGGCUAUUGAUGCACCAGCUAAAUUUGCUAUUUUAUUGUCAAUCAUCGAGCUCAUAUUUGUCGCUCUAGUCUUACCUGAAACUCUUGAUAUCUCGAAAAGGAAGAGAUUAGUUAGCGAAGUACUCAAAAAUUGUUUGUUAUAUAUUAAGCCGAGCGCACUUUUUCGAUUUGCUGCUGUUAGCGAUCGUUCUGGAGUGGAAAUGAUGCGAUCCUAUGGACGAGCAUACUUCACUUAUAUGUUCUUCUAUUCGGGCCUUGAAUUUACACUUUCAUUUUUGACGCAUACUCGUUUCAAUUAUAACAGCAUGCAACAAGGUAUAAUGUACCUAUAUAUUGGUGUACUGAUGAUUAUAGUUCAAGGAGGUAUUCGUCGAAUUCCGAACAAUAAGCAACAUACAGCAGCUAUAUGUGGCAUUUCAUUUACCAUACCGGCAUAUAUUAUUAUCGGAUACAGUAGCAACGCAAAAGGAUUUUACGCCGGUUUAGCACUCUAUGCAGCAGCAUCAGGCUUAGUGGUUCCAUGUAUGACGUCAUGCAUAUCAAAUCAAGCAACAGACGAUGUCAAAGGCGUUACGAUUGGAGUGUUUCGAUGUUUAGGCGCUUUAGCUCGAGCUAUUGGCCCACUUUUUGCGUCUACAGUAUUCUGGCUUCUCGGUCCAACAAUAUGUUAUAUCACUGGGGGAUUCUUGCUCAUCAUACCAGUACUUAUGCUGCGACAUCUUUCACCGGGAAUAACUGCGGUAAAAGAAGAGUAAUGACGC